AUGCUGCGAAAAAAUAUAGCGAAACAAACAUUUGCUAAAACGCAGUCAAGAAAAAAUCAGUCAGUCUCGAAUGUGUUCUCUCCUGUGGAUGAGCGCAGUGCUCCUUUUGUGCAAGGCAGAGGAAAAAUUGUAUGUGUCAAGCAGAGCAAGGAUUUGCGGCACACUCGUCGCGCUUGGCGCGUUGCGUCAAACCAAUUGGACAUCGUCAACGAGUGUUUUGGAUCUGUUCUAUAUAGGAAUCGAAAGAAAAUGACUCUUACAUUCGAUGAUGCUGCCACCAAGGUGAAAACGCUGAAAUCAUCGCCAAGCAACGAUCAGUUACUGGAACUGUAUGCAUUGUUCAAACAAGGAACUGUUGGUGAUAACACAACUGACAAGCCAGGAAUGCUUGACAUGAAGGGAAAGGCGAAGUGGAGCGCAUGGGACAGCAAAAAAGGGAUGAGUCAAGAUGCCGCCAAAAAAGCCUACGUUGAACUCGUCGAGAAACUCAUCGCAGCCAUCGGUUUGGCUUAA